UUGAGGAGAGAUACCUUGUCUUCACUCACCACAAAACUCAGCGAACGUUCUGCCCAACAACACCGCCGGUCAAGGUCUCACGAAAUUUAUUGUUCUGUUGAAAAUAGUUUUAGUAAUUUGUGUUUUUCGAAGAACUGAGAUAUUAUGUGUUUAUUGUUAGUCGAAACAAUAUUUACUCGAUUUGUGUUCAGGACGUAAAACCUGUCUGUGAAACUACGACUGAUCAGCAUUCAUCAGUGAGAGCACAGUUGGGUGCCGUAGAAGAAAUCAAUAGCAGGAAGAAGCAGUAGUAAUUGAAUUAUCUGUGAUCAUCUAAACAAUACGCAAUUAUCAACGCGGGCUCGCAGUGUGUGAAAACGAGUAAUUUAAUUGAACGAUUAGCAGUUGUGCGAAGUAUCCCGCGUUCCAAAUCAACAGAUGCGAGCAAAUUUUCCGUGCUUCUUUUUGUGCCACCACUGACGUACGACGACGUGCGAGGCAGCCAAAAUUGACAAAAAAUAAAAUCUCCCAGCUGCUGCCCAGCAUAGAGGAGGGUGCCGUGCGAGUGCGCGUCAGACUACAAGGCGGAGAAUUUCAGCAGUGAGCAGAGGAGUGAUGGAUAAUGCAGCGAAAUUUGCCGAACUCGAGCAGGAAAUCCGCAGGAUAGACGUCGAUGCAGACACCAUCCAAGUGACUUACCAGUUGCGACACUUCGCCAUCCUUUUCCAGACCCACAUCGCAGACGAUCAAACGCUGAGUGAUCUGUUCACCUACCUCAACCAAACAGCGCUAGCUGAUGGCAAGUUUGCGGUCAGCAUGGCUGUUAUCUUCGCAUCCCGCCAGCUGGACGAUCUUGUGAUAAAGGAAACCAAGCUACGGAAUGCAAUGUUGACCAUCCUGCAGCGAAAUUUCCAGAGUAUCGAAGAGCUGAAACGGGACAGUCUGGAGAAAUUUUACAACUCGGUUACGCUGCUUGGUGAAUACUACCACCGGAAGAAGUUCAUUAAUGGGAAGCGGGUGCUAAUCUUGGGGCAAAGUUUACUGCUGCUACUAACGACAGAGUUAGAAAGUGAAAUCAAAAAGUGUGAAGAGAAUGAUUCUCACACGAUAGAUCCAGAAUUUGCAAAAGUGAUUCUUUCCCAGGUGACACUGAAUGGUGGUGAAGCGGCAAUCGAGCACAAGCAAGAGAUCGACGAUCUGAACUAUUCUAUUCGAAAGUGUCUCAUCAAUGUACGCGGUUUAAGUUCCAGAACGAAAGCAUAUCUGCUAAUGGCACUAGAUUUAUUUUACACGAACUUCAAUUUGGGCACUAAAUUGCUAGAAAAAUUGUACGGUAAAUAUUUAUUCGAACCAGAUGAGAACGCUCCAACCAAUCAACCCGAAACCGUACAAAAAUCUGAUCAGACCAACUCGGACAAGACCGCGAAUUCGGAGCCGAACAAAAGCAAUUUCAAAAGUGCAAAUACUAACAACAUAGACAAGACUGAUAACGUGAAAAAGAUGCGCGCAAAACCAUUACCCCCCAAACCGAAGAAAAAAGAAGACAAACCGGUUGAGCCGCCGGUCGUAAAAACAACGAAUACAGUUGCGAAGAAACCUGCACACACCGUCAAUCAUCGGCCACCUCUAAGUCACACUUCGCCGAGAAAAGAUCAACGACCAAAACCACCUCCUAGCCAGAAAACAUUGCCGCAUCUUAGAACACCUCCGGAAAAACUCAAACCAGCCUUAGUAAUCAAUCGUACACCACCCAAGGCUCCAACGAGCAAUAAUACCGUAAGAAGCAAAACUCCGGAAAAUCCCUCGGUGUUGAAGCAGAACUGCAAAGGACCCGGCAAGGGCAAUUCCACCCCAACCAACAGCACUCCGAUGCAGAACAGUGUCUGCCGCAAGCUUCUAACAGUACCAACAACGCCUGAAGAAGACAACGUGGAAAAUCUCGCCUGGGAUGAUCUGACACUGGAUGACGAGUCGCCGCAGAAAAUCAAUCCCCACACAAAGUCGUUCCUGUCCUUCCUAGCACAAAAAUGAAGUUGCAAAUGUGCAACGUGCCAAUCAACGUGCCUCUAAUGUAGGAGUUAAGGGUAUAUAGUUUCCACAAUUUUGCAUUUUAAUUUGUCUGUGGUAAAUGUCCGUUUGUGAUAUUGCACUUGAUAGUUUUUAAAAUUUGCACGCAAGCAGCUGGAAAGUAAGCGUUUUCUUUCGUUAGGGUAAAAUUUUUAAUUGUGAUUGUAUUAGUUUUCUAUAUAUUUUUUUCUGCUGUAAAAAAACUGAUAAAGUUUUCAUCAAUUUAAAAUUGAUCGAUUUAACUGCAUUUUGUUGCUAGAUAAACUCUUAACUUUAAAUGAUACUUAAACUGUAAGCUACGGAUCGUAACGUAAGGGUAGACUUGCUUAUGUUUCUUCUUUUUUUUUUACAUGCUCUAGCGAUAGAGAAUUUCUUUGCUCUCGUCUCAAACUGAAAAGUGACAAACAACAGACAUAUCAAUUGUGAGCAAAAUGUGUUGUAGAAUAAUUUAAAAAAAAACAAUCAAUUGUAUUGUUAAUUGUGACAAUAAAACAUUU